CAAAACAAACGAGACUGUCAGAAAACAUCGAAAAAUUUGUUUUAUUCUCAAGAUUCAAUAAAUUUUUGUCCAAUGUGUUGAAUUCUUUAGUUUAUAUUUAGGUAUUAUUAUUGUAAAGCUUGUGGUUCAAUGGAUGUAGACGUUAUUCAAAAGCUAGCUCUGGCUGUAGAUCCACCGGAUGAUUAUUUCGAUCCUAAUCUACAGCCGGAAACGGGAGAACAGUAUCUGCAAAAAGUCAUCUAUGAACGAAACCACUGCCCCGCCGUUGUUGUCGUAAAACCAAACGCUGAAAGAGUACAAAAUCUGAGCGGAACAGGAGCCAUACCAGUGAGUCAAGUAAAAAACAUCGCACCCCAGGCACUGAUCCCUACCAGGGAAUGGGAGUCAAUUCAAAACAAACAAUUUGCCGAUCUGCGGAAUACCAUUACUAGCUACCGAAGCAGCUCGCGUUAUAAGGAUAAUUUGGAAAAGACGCACGUUUUCCUUAACUUUGAAAACCGCAAACAAAUGCACGAUUAUUGUGCAAACAAUCAGCCGUUUGUUCGCAUGUUGCUUAGCAUACCGCAGCGUAAUUUGGAACUGCUGCUGGAGUACCUCUACGAAUGGCUUCAGGGUGGACAAGCGACGGAUGAACAGCAGGUCGAAUGCAGAUGCUAUCGAAAGGACUGGAUAACCCAGUGGAUCUACGCUAUUUUGGCGUGUGUCAUCACUCCUUUGGAACCGUACAUACACAGUAUUUUGCGUGAUAUAGCGAAAGCCUGCAUUGCGAUACGAAACGAACUGGCCGCAGAAGAUGAACUCAAAGUACUUCCGCUGAAUCUACUGAUCUGUAUAAUAUCGAAAAACUUCAACCAGUUGGAUUUGAGCGACAAUAUGGAGUAAUACUUUCUCGUACAAUUAUUUUUGUGUUAUACUACUCAAUAGAUGAGCGAAUAAUAAGUUUUCAGUAAAAAAUUCGAAA